AUUCUGGUAGUAUUUAUAAUAAUAUAUAAAUGCUAUAUAUUAUGAGAAUAGCUCUUUGACUUGUAUAAUUGUGAUCUUAGACUUAAGUCAGUGAAGAAGCAAGAUCCAGCAAUAGCUAAUCCAUUAUCUUGAAGCUACCAUCAUCAGUGUGGUAAAUGCCCACACUAGUUUUCAUCAAUACAGGAGAAGAACUGAGGUUUUUUCAGAUUAGUUUUCGCAGCCUAAGCAGAGCAUUAUACAUACAUUAAAAAAUGAUAUAUAAAAAGCCAUUUGUCUUUCCUCUAUUCCUCUAUUCCUGAGUGUAAUGGUCAUAACCAAGAUGACCAUCCUAAAUUUUGAAGACUAUUACGAGUCAUUAAAAGAGAAAGUGCACGGUCUAAUUGUGUACGGCGGCAAGGUAACAUCCAGAAAGUUGGCUACAAUAAGUUCCUUUCGCUGCUAUAUAAUAAGGGACAGUCUCUCUAGAAAAUUACUGAAUGUAUUGGCCGAUGUUGAUCUCUCGCUACUUGCUAUUGCUGACAGAGUCUAUAGAACGAUUCCAUUGAGGCCAUACUUCAAAAAAAGAUCAGGAAGGUCUUUAAAAGAAGCUAUCCAAAAACUGAACGUCAGUGUUACUAGAGUCACAGGCACACGAAUUCGAAAAAUUAAACCAAAACUAACAUGCAAACUCGAAAAUGACUGUUUCAUCAAUUUAACAUCUUUUCAUCGAGAUUACAAAGACAAAAUUUUAAAUUUAAACGAAUCAAACUUUUAUGACAAGUACGAGCAAAUAACUAGGGGGCUCAAAGUGGGAUAUCGCUAUGAAUUUCUGUAUGAAGAAGGUUACUGGCUGUCUUUUUUUUGUGAACAACAUCGGGAAACCUGUUAUCGGUUUGCUUGAUGUUGCUGAUUGUUAUAUUGGACAUGCCAAUAGUCAUAACAGAACAACUUUUGUGGACAACAUCCAGUUUAACACUAA